UCUGCUCUCUUUCUCUUUCUAGGGUUUUUGAAGAUGUUCUCUGGCUCCCAGUUCGACGCCACCACCGCCUUCUCCGGCGGCGGUUUCAUGGCAUCCCAAUCCACCAACCUCAAUGAUUCAUCCCCUUCCGCCGCUAAAAGCCGUGAAACUCAGGGUUUGAUUCCGGUGACAGUGAAGCAGAUAAGUGAAGCUUCGCAUUCUGGUGAUGAAAAAUCGAAUUUUGUGAUUAACGGUAUUGAUGUAAACAAUGUUACAUUGGUUGGAAUGAUGUUUGAGAAAGCUGAGAGAACCACUGAUGUUAAUUUUGUUUUGGAUGAUGGAACUGGACGAAUCAAAUGCCGAAGAUGGGUCAAUGAGGCUUUUGACACCAAAGAAAUGGAAGAAGUACAGGAUGGUAUGUAUGUUCGUGUUUAUGGCCACUUGAAAAGCUUUCAAGGUGUGAAGCAGCUUGUUGUCUUCUCAGUCAGGCCUGUGACAAAUUUUGACGAGAUCUCAUUUCACUUUAUUGAUUGCAUACAUAAUCACCUCCACACCAAAGUAAAGGCAGAAGGAAUCACUCCUGCAAAUCCUUCAUCAGGCUCAUCUUUGAUCACUCCUGUCAAAAAUGCAUCGAAUGGUUCACAGGAACCGUCAUCUAAUCCAGGGUAUGCUCAGUAUAGUGUGGAUGGACUCAAGGAUUGUGAUAAAUUGGUUAUGGACUAUCUGCAACAGCAUUCAGACAUGUCGGAUGAACGAGGAAUACAUGUCAAUGAACUAUCUCGAGAACUUAAGCUUCCAAUGGACAAGAUCAUGUUGUCUCUAAAGACUCUCGGAGAUGAUGGUUUAGUGUACUCCACCAUAGAUGACUACCAUUACAAACAAGCUUGAUGCUUGAGCUGGGUAAUCAGGACAUGGAUCACUGAUGCUGAUGUUGGUCUAUUUUACCUUUUUAGUUUUCUAGAUAGUGUAGAUAUGCUUAUGGAUAAAUUAACCUAUUGUAUGCUUUAUCAUAUGAAUUACUUGAUCAGUGGCGCAAAUUCCUGAUGGUUUCUUAGAUAAUUUUAUUAAAAGUCAUCGGUAAGCUAUUUAAGAAUUGUGAACUAGUAUAUAGACAAUCUUGUUCGGUUGUUAUUGCCAAAUGUUUUAGGUGUCUAUUUUUUUUUAAUACUGAUAUUGACAUAGUAACUUGAGCAUCCAAAAGCAUCCCUAUACUGAAGCAUUCCAUCCUGGAUGCUUAUUUGAAGGAACUCAUUUCUUUUGGGCA